AGGCGGGGAGGCGGGGAGAGGGAGACGCUGGCGCAGGGAGACACGGAGACAGAGACGGAGACGCGGAUACAGAGAGAGACAAGGAGCCAGGGAGGGAGGCUUGCUCAUUGCUGAGCGGGUGAGGGAGCGCGCUUAACCCAGCUAAGCGUAAGUUCCCCUCGCUGAUGCUGCUGAUGCUGGUGGUGGAUGCGAGUGGUAGGGGAUGAUUGUAAUUUCUCGCCGUUCUAGAUAGUGCUACUAUUGAGUGGGGGUGGUUGUGGUGGUCGGUAAUGGCAGCUGAUAGCGAAUAGUGGUGGUGGUGGACAGCGAGUGAUGAUGUUUAUGAUAGCGGGUGGUGAUGUAAGUGGCAGUGAUAGUGGGUAUAGCAAUGCUGGUAGUGAGUAGUCGUGGUGGUAGUGCGUGGCGGUUUUCGUGAUAUUGGGGUUGGGUAGUAGCAGUGGGUAUAGUAGUCGUGGUGGUUGUGAAUAGCAGUGGUGGUGGCAGUGAGUAGUAUUAGUAGCGGUGAGUUGUUGUGGCGGUGAUGGUUUUGGUCGUUUUGCCAUCUUCAUCAAAGUAAUGUCCGGGUGUCACGGAGGGGAAGAGACCAAGGCUCUGGGAAAGACUGCGGCUCCGUGAGCCGAGGCCAUGCGGGGUGGACUUCUCACGCUGGCUGUGCUGCUGGGGGUCACGGGGACAGCUGCCACUGAGGGGGUGAGAUGUGACGCAAGGCGGUUUGAGUUGUUGGGGUGUUUAGCGCUGUGCCAGGGCCUCCACCAGGGCCGUUGCCAUGCCGAGAGCCGCCUCUUCCGCCGCCUCUUCCGGCGCUACAACAAGUGGUCGCGUCCCGUGGCCAACGUCACCCAUGUGGUGGACGUCAAGUUCGGCCUCUCCAUCGCGCAGCUCAUCGACGUGGACGAGAAGAACCAGAUGAUGACGACGAACGUGUGGCUCAAGCAGGAGUGGCACGACUACAAGCUGCGCUGGGAGCCCACCGAGUACGCCAACGUCACUUCCCUGCGGGUGCCCUCCGAGAUGAUCUGGAUCCCGGACAUCGUCCUCUACAACAACGCCGACGGCGACUUCAUCGUGACGCACAUGACCAAGGCGAACGUGCACCACAAUGGCACGGUGCGCUGGACGCCGCCCGCCAUCUACAAGAGCUCCUGCAGCAUCGACGUCACCUUCUUCCCCUUCGACCAGCAGAACUGCACCAUGAAGUUCGGCUCGUGGACCUACGACAAGGCCAUGAUCGACCUCAAGAGCAUGGGCCGCAACGUGGACCUCAAGGACUACUGGGAGAGCGGUGAGUGGGCCAUCGUCCACGCCGUGGGCACGUACAACACCAAGAAGUACGACUGCUGUCCGCAGGUCUACCCCGACAUCACCUACUCGUUCAUCAUCCGCCGCCUGCCGCUCUUCUACACCAUCAACCUCAUCGUGCCCUGCCUGCUCAUCUCGUGCCUCACCGUGCUGGUCUUCUACCUGCCCUCGGACUGCGGCGAGAAGAUCACCCUGUGCAUCUCCGUGCUCCUGUCGCUCUCCGUCUUCCUGCUGCUCAUCACCGAGAUCAUCCCGUCCACGUCGCUCGUCAUCCCGCUCAUCGGCGAGUACCUCCUCUUUACCAUGAUCUUCGUGACGCUCUCCAUCGUCAUCACGGUGUUCGUGCUCAACGUGCACCACCGCUCGCGCGGCACGCACUGCAUGCCGCGUUGGGUGCGUCGCGUCUUCCUCGACCGCGUCCCUCGCUGGCUCGUCAUGAGGAGGCCCCAGAGCGUGGCCGAGGCCGCCGCCGCCACCGCCGCCGCAGCCGCCGCCCUCGCCCCGGCCGUGGCGGACGAGGCCCCGAGGACCGCCGUCGUCGCCGGCGCCGUCUCGGGGGAUGCCGCCGAGAGGGCCCGGGGGCUGCCCGGGAGGCUCAGCGCGCCGCCGUCGCCGCGUCGCUCCCGCGAGGACCUCUCGCCCGACGCCGCCGCCGCCGCCGCCCGCGAGUCGCCGACGGCGUGCGGGUUCGCGCCGUCUCUCCCUCCGCAACCUGCUCCGCUUUCCCAACAGCUCACGCCUCCUCCUCCUCCUCCUCCGUCGUCUCACGGAGACGACUACGCGGACUGCAGCCGCUGCGCCUUCUCGCGCAACCUGCUGCUGGCCGUGGAGGGGGUGCAGUACAUCGCCAAUCACCUGCGCGCGGAGGACGCCGACUUGUCGGUUAAGCAAGACUGGAAGUACGUGGCGAUGGUGGUGGACAGGAUCUUCCUGUGGACCUUCAUCAUCGUGUGCAUGAUGGGCACCCUGGGGCUCUUCCUGCCACCCUGGCUGGCUGGCAUGAUCGUCAUGGGCAGCAAGCAACUGCACGUCGACUGAGCGCGAGCAGGCGGUCGAGCGGGCGGUCGAGCGGGCGGUCGGGCGGGCGGUCGAGCGGGCGGUCGAGCGGGCGAGGUCGUGGAUGGUGAGGUGGCAAGUCCGGAGCGAGGUGACUCGCUCCGAUUCGCCCCCCCCCACCCCCACGUCCGAUCUCGCCGCGUCCGAAACAGCGGCGGAGGCACGGCUUAAUAUCUCACCGAAUAACUUCCAUGUCUGUCGCCCACUAAGACUGGGGAGAAGGUGGCACGUGAGCAGCAGCAGCCACGGCCAUAGCGAGAGCUAUACUGGACGCGAUGUGCAGAGUGCGAAUAUAUUUUUUUGGGGCCCGCCAGCCUACAUACUCCCGGCCGAAAUGAAUCCCUGGGUCUGGGUGUGGUUAUGGAGUGUGCAGGCAGUGCAACUGCGCCACAGCCCCAUGCCCCCCCCCCCCCUCCGAAGGAAGUUCAGUCGCCAGACUACGAAGAGGUGGGAAAUCCAUCCCUUGCACCAGGCCCCGUAGCAACUACCAUUCCACGCCACUGGUUGUGAGUAGCGUACUUUCACUUCCCAUGUUGCCAUCACCAUAGGUGAGCGAAGUAGAUGUUGUGCACGUCAAAAUAAACAUUUACAAAACAUUACACGUCUGGUUUUAGGCGCAGAAACCUGAUUUAAUUAAAUGUAUGCGCGUAUGACGCUACCGACUUGCUGUAGGUAGCGAAAAUAAGUUUCCAAGAUGUGCUAAGGACUUUCAUAGAUUCUCACAACAGCAAGUUUUCAAGAAAUCCAUGUCUGUUCCCAUUAGGCACGUGGCGCCUGUUUUCCUUAUAUUUAACCCGAUCGAUUUACGGGAUAAACACUCUAAAUAUAGAUAAACACUCUAAAUUUAGAUAAACACUCUAAAUUUAGAUAAACACUCUAAACUUAGAUAAACACUCUAAAUAUAGAUAAACACUCUAAAUUUAGAUAAACACUCUAAAUUUAGAUAAACACUCUAAAUUUAGAUAAACACUCUAAAUUAAGAUAAACACUCUAAAUUUAGAUAAACACUCGAAAUUUAGACAAACACCAUUCCGGGUCUCCAAAUAACUUUUUCGAUUCCAAUGAGCGCUGUUCUUUCGAAUAUAAAUCGAAAUUUAUUUGGAAGAUGUUUGAUCUGAGACGCGUACUUAUUUCUCAAUAGGACUCCUACUCGCUCGAUAUGCAGAUCGGAUCCAGUGAAUGAGUUUUGAGACUGAGUAGGCUGCAUGCGAUAGAUUCCGUCAAAUCACAGCGACAAAGCAGGACAUUGUCGUAAAACUCGAGCGGUGAAACAGAUCACAGCACCAGUGACCAGUGGUGACCCAUCGGAAAGUAUUCUGCUGUGAGAAAAAACCAAACCGAGCGACAGUUGUGCCCGUGGCACACCCCGGGGAGGGGAGCAGACUCAAUGAUGUAACGAAUGGGAAAAGGAACGGGAAAGGGGAAAGAUAGAAGAGGAAGAAUGGAAAAAAAUAGGGGGAAAUAUGGAAGAAACGGGAGCAAAUGGUCAGGAGAGAUGAGGAUAGGAAGAGGCUACAUGAGGCGCUCGACCCCGCCACUGCUGCUGCACGGAGCGGUGUCUGUUUCCACAGGGGGUGGGGAGAGGGGAGGGAUUCAGGUUGGGGCGUGGCCACAACACAAGGCACGUGACUUACGGAAGGCUUGAGCUGAUUUAGACGGAUGGACGUUAAGACUCACCCAGCUUAUUCCGAUCAAGGUAAAAGGUCAACGUUUGAUUCGAGUCAGUUGAGCUGAAAGCUGGAGGACGACCGCCGAAGAGAUGGGGGCUCAUGUUCAGUAGCCAGAUGGGGUCUCAUGUUCAGUAGCUAGACGUGUUGUGUCAUUGCAGGACCGUGGUGGAUAGCAAGGACGAUGGGCAUUCUUAAUUCAGCAGUGGAUAGACCAUGUCUGAUCAUGUGGAGUUGAGCUAUAUCGCUUAGUUGUAUUUAUAUUGCAAAAGGGUAGAUGCGCAGCCUUGCAAUGUCCUUGCUCAUGCCACUACUGGCGGAAGCGCCUCCACUAGAGGGCGCUCGAGAGAGAGAGCCGCUCUAGUGGGUAUUUGGCCUACUCUUCCAUGCCGGCCAGACGUCUCGGAAGAGACGGGAGGUUCCCACGCUUCAGCCCGUUGCACGCGACCAGCCAUCCGACGUAAAUGUCUUGACUUCAUUUAAACUGCUGGGGUGGACGGAGGCGGCGGCUCGAGGGAGACGGGGGAGGCUUUAAGAAACUUCCCCCACCGUUUCAAGCUGACAGCCUGGGUGGUGGCAAGGUCCGGUGCGCUCACCAUUGCACUCACCGUGGCAUCAUCUCCCACGAAUCUCUCUUCGUGGGAUCGUGGGAGAUGCGGCACGCCGCUCUUUGCGAAGCGUCGAGUUCGCACCCGCACGGCAUCCCCGCACGCGUUGCUCAUUAAAGUGCGAAAAAGAAAAGUAACGGCAGAGGGGGGGGGGGGGGGG